AUGUUCAUCCAGCUUCUUUCGUAUGUCGGUAUAGUGGUCGGCUUCGUGUUCCUCGUCUUGUCCAUAGCUUCGGCGUUGUACUAUGUCUCGGAGUUGGUAGAAGAGCACUCUGAGCCCACCAAGAGGAUUCUCAAAAGAUUGAUCCUAGGCAUCAUGGCUAUAUUACUUUUGCUUUGGAUUGGCGAUGGUUUCCCUUUCUGGUUGACUUUGUUCUCAGUUUUCUCAUACUGGGUAUACUUGCAAAAUUUGAAUAAGUUCCCCUACGUUGAAUUAAGUUCGCCCGUAUUUCUCGUUUCGUGCGUGUUGGUGGUAGCGAACCAUUUCUUGUGGUUCAACCAUUUCCACAACCCGUACAUUCCACCAUUGGAAGUGAGAUUGAGACCGGAUUAUGUGCCACCUCGUAUCCCUUCGUUUGUAGAAGUGUGUUCCUUUUUCGGCUUGUUGGUGUGGUUCGUUCCUUUUUCCCUCUUUGUCAGUUUGAGUGCACACGAUAAUCUCUUGCCUCACCACGUAGAAUCCAACGCUGGCAAAGAUAAAAAGAAGAACAACGGGUUGGCUAAGGUAGUUGUUGCUAAUCUUCGUGAAUGGAUCUACUCGAUCACAAGAAAAUUUGGCUACGAACUCGAUCCUCACUAUGGCCAAAUUGUAUAA